AUGACUUCCCAAAACAAAUCCGAGCUGUUCACAGCAUACACCUCGGCGACAGAACACAACUUCCCACUGAACGGAUAUCGGCGAUUUGCGGAUUCGCCUCGAUUUCAGUCCGAGUGGGAUGAGAAUUUUGGACCUCGGUCCGCUCUGAAGGACGAAACAGUCACCAGUGUAGAUACAAUGGACUCUCCGCUUGCCAAAAAAAUAGCGGCGAGCUAUACUGCUGAGUUGCCGUCUCCAGCUCCAAAAACUGGCGCAGUCCGGAUCAUGUCUCCAGCCAAGGAGGCCGAUCAGAUGAACGCUAGUGUUUCCGUCAAUACCACAUAUGGAAAGGCAGAUCUGGCUGCGCCAACGCCUGUCCCUGUCAAGAGAGAACUAAGGUCGAUGGAUGUGUUUUGGUCUAUGAUCAAUGAUAUCACGGGAAAGGAUAAGCUCGCGAAGUUCGGACAAUACUCAUUGCGAUUGCUUCUAUUCCAUGCUCGCAAAUCUCAAUCAUAUUUGAGUGACGACAAGGUGAACAUCAAGGUGAUCAGUCAGACAUACGCUAGCAACGAGAAAAUCUUCAGUCUUUUGGUGAACUUUGUACAUGAUCCUCGCUCCUUUGCGCGAGUGGUCGGGAUAUUGGUGUGUUCCGUGUUCACAAGUAGAUGUGCUGCCUUGGUGCCUGCACUAGCCACAUUCAGACAACUUCUAAGAUUCGGAAAGUCCCCUUUCCGCAUAAGAAGCUUGUGGACACGAAUUCGAGAUAAUGUUUACUUCGAUGCUAAGUCGAAACAAUGGCGGCUUCGUGAGGCUCUCUUGACCAGGGCCACCAUCAGCGACGCAAUCUCGCUAUACUACUCGGCAAACGACGAAGCACUGCUUUUGUUCAAACUCAAAUUCCUCAGGAACCCGACAUGGAAGAGUUUUGCUGGUCGCCACGAAGCCUACGCAUGGUAUUGUGACUCUUGGUUCACCUUGUACAACACGAUGUCGGAUUUGCUGAAGUUGUCUCAGCAGGAGAUGGAGACCAGGAUUCUGAUCCAGGUCAGACAGCGUUCGCGUGUGUUGUCGAAGCAGAUUCUUGGAUCAUCUGCCUUCCACGGUCCACCAGCUACUGCAGCGGAAGACGAUGAUCGUGAUGCAACAGCAUUGAAUGAAAUCCGGUUCAAAAUUACAAAUGCUAAGUUAGACAUCUUGAAGUUGAUUUCAGAUAUCGUCUUCAAUUCGUACACUGUAUUCAACUACCCUCUUCAUUUCGAGACAGUUCAGAUCUGGACGGGAAUAAGUGCAUCGUUCCUCAGCUCAGUCAAACUAUAUAGAGAGAAGCGUCGCUACCUAGAACGGCGAUAA